GCAGGCGCCAGACGUUUUACUAGUGAAAGACCCGCUGAACAUUUGAAAAAUCUCACGCAAAUCAUCUUCCCUUUCCUUCCAAGCAAAUUCUCUCCUACUUACUUCUGAUCACGACAUUUCACUCUCUCUCUCUCCUCAUUCAUCACAAACUCAGAUAAUUCUUCAAAAUUUAAGUGCAUGAGAUUUAGAGAGAGAAACGAUUGCAUUUACGGAGCCCCUAAAAUGGCGAAUGGACCUGGUAGCUCGUCUAUCAAUGGCGGCGAAACAUCUAGGGCACAUGGUGCGAUGGCGCUUGUUCAGCUCUUUUAUGGAGGUUAUCAUGUUAUCACCAAAGUUGUUCUUAAUGACGGAAUUAAUCAGACAGUUUUCUGCGUUUUUCGUGACCUUAUUGCACUUUCUAUUCUUGCUCCUCUCGCUUUUUUCCGCGAAAAGCGAGUUCGACCUCCAAUCACUAAAAACCUUCUCGUUACAUUUUUUUUCCUUGGGCUAACAGGGAUAUUUGGAAACCAACUUCUGUUUCUGUUUGGUCUGAGCUACACAAGUCCAACUUAUGCUGCAGCUAUACAACCUUCAAUUCCAGUCUUUACUUUCCUCUUUGCUGUAAUAAUGGGCACAGAAACAGUGAACUUAUACAGAAUUGAGGGGAAAAUGAAGGUUGCAGGCACACUUUCUUGUGUUUCUGGUGCUCUUUUGAUGGUUGUAUUCAAAGGGCCAACUAUUGUUGGGCACAAAGUAGAGACGGGAUUGCACAGUGAAAUCAGUGUCAAAGGACAACCAGAACCAGUUGGAUGGUUUGCUGCUAGAUUUAUGGAUUUUGGGCUUGACACUUUCCACGUUGGUGUCUUAUGUCUUAUAGGCAACUGUUUGUGCAUGGCUGCUUAUCUUGCAAUUCAGGCUCCAGUUCUAAAGAGGUAUCCAGCAAGCCUCUCAGUGACAGCAUAUUCUUAUUUUUUUGGUGCUCUUCUUAUGGUCACUACUGCAUUUUUUAUGGCCAAUGAUCCAACAGGCUGGAGUUUAAACCACGCUGAGCUGUUUGCCGUUUUCUAUGCUGGUAUUGUUGCAUCUGCCGUCAACUAUGGACUUACCACAUGGUCCAAUAAGAUACUGGGACCUGCAUUGGUUGCUCUUUAUAAUCCACUUCAACCUGCAGCAUCUGCCUUCCUUUCACUUAUAUUCUUAGGAAGCCCCAUAUACUUGGGAAGUGUGCUGGGAGGCUCUUUAAUUAUUGCUGGCUUGUACAUGGUCACCUGGGCAACCAACAAAGAAAAGCAAUCUACUAUGGAAAUACCUUCUGAACCUCUCAUUCACAGAGAUCCACCACUCAGCAAGAUGCACCACCAAGGACGCAUCUUCGGGGGACAGUCCUCUUCUAUAUGCAAGGUGCUUGAUUAGAUUUCACUCGAAUAAAAACUCGGCCGUUCCGCUAAGUGUCGUUAUGUACUGCCGUGGUAAAAAUCAUGGCCUCUCGCCGCUGAUUUCCGUUACGUAAUGCAACUCUUCGUGUUAGAAAUUUUUGUUACGUCCUUGUCAUAAUUGGCCAAAAUUGAGAAAGGGAAAACAUACAUUGCAGCUAGAAACAACAAUGAGCACACACCGUAGAAGGGAGAAGAGUGUUACAUGGGCUUUCAAGUUGGGUUAUGUAUAUGAGUUGGUGUAAUUUAUACUAGUCUUACAUGCACACAAUGCGUGCGAUAGCAUGUGAAGUAGAAAAUGAAAUUAAUUGGAUAGAAAAACUGUCUUUACAUUUUGUUUUCUCAAAAAACGGAUGUUUAGUUUAAAUGUCCUACUUUCCCCCUUUUUUUUCAUUUAAAAUAAAAGAGUUGGUUAUAUCCUAUUUUCUUUCUUUUAUUGCUUUUUCUAUUUUUUGGUGUCCCCCCAUGUGUUGCCUUAUAUAUUAGAGAUGAAUAAUAGGACAAAACUCUCAUGUUUUUACGUAAUUAUUCACUAACCAUGUAUAACCCAAGCAUAUGAUAGGUUUGGUCAUAUUAUGUUGAAUACUAAACUUUAAAAAUACAAAGUUGAGGUUUAAAAUUUAUUAUUGUGAUAUGCGUAGAAAAUUCACGUCGGGAUAUGAUUCAUUCCAUUAUCAGUUACAAGUCGCACCCUCGUCAUCACAACCGGCAUGCGCAAUUUUCUUCCUUGGAUUUCACACAUCCUGAAUGUUUGACUGCGUAUCAAUUUUCUGUUCAAAAUUAUUUUAAAAACUACAUAAAAUGCGAGAUUACUGUAUGUUACAAUAAAUUGAUGAAAUUCGGUCAGGUCCGGGUUGAUUCAUGUCGUGUCGAGUUCGGCUUGUGUUGCUGUGUCGGAUUAAAGAUUGCCAAAUCUAAUUAGAGUGUCACAAAGUCUAAGAAAAUUCCUUUCCCUUUCUUUAUGUCUCAUCCCAAAAGUGCCUUCACUUUAUCUUGAAAUUUACUCCCGGUGUAUUUUUUUUUUAGUUUGCCUUUUUUGACCGUGUACAUUUGGCAAUGCAUUUGUUUGACAUUAAGUAUCUUUCGUUACAUAUUAGUAAAAAAUAUAAAGAUUGAAUAUUAAUAAAAUGCUAUUGAGAUGAGUCAAACAAGACCCAACAUGACUAUAUUUUUUCUUAUUUAUUGAGAAUAAUAUAGAAGAUUCUCUCUAAUUGUGAAUAGUGUCAAAGAUUACAAGUGAGCAAACUUAAAAAAAUACAAAGGGAGACCGGAAGUAUGUUUAUUUUUUAUCAUGUGCCACAUCAAUCACUUUCUAAAAGAAAAAUAAGGGUAAUUUGUGAUUUUGAUUAAAGAAUUAUUUUAGAACUGACUUUAGUAAGUGGACUUCAUAUUGGGUCAUCCUCAGAAUGAAAGGUGGAUAUCUUUUGCAGCAUGGAUUGAGUAUAACAAAUUGCUUAUUAGAUAAAAUUCUAAGUACUUUAUUUUAUGUUGGGUUUUUCUAUGGGGUGCCCUUGAGUUUGUUGAAAAUCUUUUCCCUCACCUUUCUCCACAAUCUCCACAGUAUCCCGUGGUUUUAUAACUGUCUCCUUGAUGUCCUUACUCUUAGUUAAUAAUUUCUGUUAGUGAGUUGUUCAGUUUGUUCUUAACUUAUUUUUGAGUGUUCAAACUGAUUGAAUCAGCUAACUUUCUUGUUAUAAAGUGGGGAAAUAUUAACUUAAACCCAUUUUUUCCCAUUUAACAACACAAUUUCUAAACUAGUUAGAUCCCUUCAAAGCCCAAAAUGAGAUUCUAAUGCAUAAAAAAAUACUAGCUAACAUAAUAUAUGAACAAAGAGAACCACGCUGGAGGCAUGUGACCAUGUCAAUGGCAGGUAUGUGACUUUUUCCGCCAGAAAGUGUUGAAUGGUACGAACUCGCAAUAAGUGACUCUUAGUAGGGUAGAAACGAUUCCCCCACUAUAAUUUUUGAAAUAGGUACAUCACCGGAGACAUGCUCAUAGCCUCAUACAGAAGGUUGUACUAAAAAUCUUUCUGUUUUGAAACAGAGGGAGUGCUUCGACAAGGAUUGGCUUUAUUUCUUAGUUGGUGCGUAUAGAAAGUUCUGAUGUAGUCUGAUUGGGUCUGUUUCACUAGUUCUGUCUCCCAUCACGUCGUGGCUUCUGUAGCAGUACUGUAUAAGUACAGUACUCAAGCUACAAGAAACAUGUUGUGAUCAAGCUAGUAAAUGUGGCACCUGACGACCAAUCUACCCAGACCUGUCUUGUUUAGCAAUGACCAUUAGAAAGGCCUAGGGAGGUCAAUUACAAAUGUUAUCAGUGAACAGUCUAGACUCUAGACCUUUGUUAUUUGUAAAUAUUUGAAGUGAACUAACUAGUAGAGGCUCUUGCCUGUGGACGGUGAAUCCUACAUCAGAAAAUAGACCACAAGGGGUCGAAGACCUAAAAUUAAAUGUACAAAAAGAAUUGAAUUGUUGCCUCUCUCUCAAACAGUCCAAAUUCUGUUGGGCACAUGCUGCGGUUAUACAGAACUGAAAAUUUCAAGGUGGUGACUCAGCUUCUUUAUGAACGUAUGACAUUCAUCUGCAUGCAUUUGCUCCAAAUUUUAAAGUUGAGUUUUCUUUUUGAAAUUAUACAUAAACAAGUACUAAAAUUUUCUGUGGACAUCUUAGUACCACUGCAAGAGUAGUAUGCCGGACCAUCAAACCAAGUAACUACGUGGCAGGACUGAAGUCUUAGUAGUAGCCAGCUACAUAAUGCCAGCUAAUCUUAAUAUUGGGGAGCUUAUUUCUCUAAGAUGGAUUUUUUUGCCACUCCUGGCAUAGGCUGGGUUUAUCAAUCAUUAGGACUGAAGUCUUGGCUUGUCGGUCACAAUGGCUCAUGGCUGCCUUGAGUUGGGCCAUUCAUGGCAUUCAUACGAUCGAGCGUGAUGGUUUUCAUCAAUGUUUGCAUGAGAUUACUUCUUUUUAAGGUGUUCAGUAAAUAAUCUCACUGGGUACAGAAAAUGGCCUGUUUAUGUGUUGAACCCUGGCAGUCCAAAUCACCUCAUAAAUGGAGCUGGGAUGAUUCCUAGAAUUUUUUUUCUUUACU